CUUGGAAAGAGAUCACCAAGGCUUCCUCCGUUAGUAUCGGGUUGUGGUGGUGGACUCAUUUCUCAGAGUUUACAUAUAUAGAGGAAACAAAGAAAAAGAUCUAUUUUGGUUCUUUGGAUAAUUCUACCUAGGAGGAAGCUUUGAUUAGAAGAUAAACGGAAGCGGAGAGAAAAAGGAAAGCUGGCUAACAAGUGGUGGGAGAGAGUAGAUGCGUCGGCAAUGGCCGGAGCGGAAUCCAGCGGCGGCGGCGGCGGAGGCUCUUCUCGCUACCUCCAACAUCUCCUCGGACCACCGCUGCGGCCUGCUGCGCUCUCAACCCACAUCUCGUCCGAAGACUCCAAGCCUUCCCCAGAAGAAAGCCAGAAUCUUCCUGCCGAACACGGCGACGGCGAGAGUGAUCAACCCUCCACCUCGGCCGCCGCGGGAGGCCCCGUCCGCCGACCCCGCGGCCGGCCUCCUGGCUCCAAGAACAAGCCAAAGCCGCCUAUUAUAGUCACGUGCGACAGCCCCAACUCCCUCCACUCCCACGUGCUGGAGGUGGCCGGAGGUGCCGACGUCGUCGAGUGCGUUACCGAGUAUGCCCGGCGGCGUGGCCGUGGUGUCUCUGUUCUCAGCGGUUCCGGUGAUGUGGUCGACGUCGGCCUCCGCCAGCCUGGGGCUUUGCCGCCAGGGAGCGUGGUGACGACUCUCAGGGGGAGGUUCGAGAUCCUCUCACUAACUGGGACCAUCCUCCCGCCGCCGACUCCGCCUGGUGCCAGCGGCCUGACCGUAUUUCUGGCUGGAGGGCAAGGACAGGUGAUGGGGGGAAGUGUCGUUGGCCCUCUGGUGGCGGCGGGGCCGGUGGUGCUAAAUGCUGCAUCGUUCGCCAACGCCAUGUACGAGCGGCUGCCGUUGGAAGGCGAGGAGGAAGCGGCAGCUGAGGGGCAGCAACCUGGUACUCUGCAGUCGUCAGGCGUUACUGGAGGCGGCGAUGGGGUUGGUGCCAGCGGCGUUCCAUUCUACAAUUUGGGUGGAAACAUGGGGGGUUAUCAGCCUACGGGUGACGCAUUUGGUUGGGGCGGUGGAGGUGUUCGUCCACCGUUUUGAUCUCAGUAACAAUCUACUCCUCACGGUGCGGUCAAAGAAGAAGAAGAAGAUUCCAUGGGUUUCGUUGUUCUUUUCGAUCAUUUUGGGGUAUGCCUGCAGUAAUUUAAAGCUGCAAUUUCACCACCUCUUUGUUUCUGUUGGUGUUCAUGGCAUCGGAAGCAUGUUGAUGAGGCUAUCACUAGGAGUCAGUGAACUUGGAUUGAUCGGAAAGGGAGUGUUGUUUUAAUGAGGGGCUUAGAUAGAUGGAUUGGGAUGGUUGAUGAAUGUGACGAAGGGAAGAGAGGCCGGUAGCUUGUAUGGAAACGCUCCCGAGGCGAGUGGCUUCGAUUUCCACGUGAAGCACUGAACUCGAUAGUCAAAUCUAAUUGUCUC